AUGGGUGGCGAUCUGAACUUGAAGAAGUCAUGGCACCCCGUGCUCAUGUCCAACCAGAAGCGCGUCUGGGAAGAAGAGAAGAAAGCCCUCGAUGAGCGCAAAAAGAUCGACCAGGUCCUCAAGGAGCGCGCCGAAGAACGCCAAAUCCAAGAACUUCAACAGAUGCAAGAGGCCGCUGGCGGCAAGAAGCGUGUCGACAGAGUAGACUGGAUGUACGGCGGUCCUGCAGAUGGCCAGAAGGGAACCACAGAAGAGAUGGAAGCAUAUUUGCUCGGAAAGAGAAGACUGGACGGACUUGUCAAGAGAAAUGCCACUGAGGCCAUGCAAAAAGCUGCCGCCGUAGGUCCCUCGGCUCUGCAAAUUGCAAAUAACCAAAGAGAUACCGCGACAAAGGUGCGCAAUGAUCCUAUGCUGGCCAUCAAGCAACAAGAGCAGGCCGCCUUGGAAGCCAUGAUGAACGAUCCCACCAAGCGUCGAGCCCUGCUCAAGGCUGCUGGCAAGGACGAAGACGACUCAAGACGUAGCCAUCGCAAGCACCGUCACAGAGACGAUGAGCACCGCAGCAAACGUAGACGCCACGACGACUACAGCGAUGACGAGAGACGUUCCUCCCACAGGCACCGAUCACAUCGCCAU